CGAGAAAGGUCCAUGUUCGUCCGUGCCAUGGCAAAAAGGCAUAAGAAUACCAUAAUUUACAGAGGAAACCCUUGAUUGUGGACAAAGUAGCCUAAGUGUAUUAAAAGAGCUUAAGGCAAGAGUGCAUGCCAAAUGUUUGGAUCCUAGUGAAAACUUGUGAUUAUACCAGGCAUUGUCCCUCCCCUAGUAAAGAUUAAUGAAAGCAAAUGGCUGAAUUAAAUCUGAUACUAGCUAGGCUAUUAGGAUCACUAGCCUAUGGAAAUGAUCAUUGAAGUCUCCAGGUUUAGCCAUUGGAAGGAUGCUGUAGCGAAGUUAGGUAUCCUCUUGAAGCAUCGAGUCGCCGACUCCUAGUCUCCAAUAUUAGCGUCCCGGCCUCUUCGUAGCAACCAGUCGUUCGACAAAACAGUAUUUAGAAAACAAUGAGUGGAGGUGUUUAUGGCGGAGAUGAAGUGGGGGCCCUUGUGUUUGAUCCAGGGUACUCCUCACUUAGGGUUGGAUAUGCUGGUGAAGAUUCUCCAAAAUUUGACAUUCCUUCUUGGGUUGGAAUCAGUGAAAACCAGGAGACAAAUGAGAAGAAAUAUUAUGUUGAUACAGUUGCCCUGCAUGUACCUAGGAAAGGAUGUGAAGUGGUAAAUUAUAUGAAGGAAGGAAUGAUUGAAGACUGGGACACCUUUGAAAAAGUUCUUGACUAUUCCUAUGAAAAGUGCAUCAAAAGUGAUUCCCAGUAUCAUCCUGUGCUCUUUUCUGAAGCAACAUGGAAUGCUCGGGGAAAGAGAGAGCGUCUCUGUGAACUAGUUUUCGAAAAAUAUCAGGUACCAGCAUUCUUUUUAGUAAAGUCUGCAGUUUUGGCAGCUUUUGCAAAUGGAAGGUCGACUGGCCUUGUGCUUGAUAGUGGAGCUACUCAUACUUCAGCAAUUCCAGUUCAUGAUGGAUAUGUUCUUCAACAUGCUAUUGUCAAGUCGCCACUAGGUGGUGACUUCCUUUUGAACCAAGCAAACAGUUUUCUGAAAGAGUCUGGAGUAGACAUCAUUCCAUCAUACAUGAUAGCAGACAAACAACUAGUGAAGGAAGGAGACAGGCCUAAGUGGGUUAAGAAAAACAAUCUCCCAGAGGUGACAACUUCUUGGCACAAUUACAUGAAACGAGAGGUAGUGCGAGAUUUUCAGCAGACGAUGCUGCAUUGUUCAGAGAGUCCCUAUGAAGAUGAUGCUAUUAUAAGUAUACCCACUGAGCCUUAUGAAUUUCCAUCUGGCUAUAAUUCCGAAUAUGGUGUUGAACGGUACAAGAUUACAGAGAGCCUGUUUGAUCCAAGCUAUAUAAAGGGUGUUGGAUCCACUAUGCUUGGAAUGUCACCAUGUUUGUCUCUUACUAGCAGAUUGUGUGACAUAGACUUAAGGCCAAGUUUGUAUUCAGGUGUAAUUGUUACCGGUGGAAACUCCUUGUUGAAUGGUUAUGUAGAGAGACUAAAUAGAGAUUUGGCAAGUCGAACACCACCAAAUAUGAGAUUUAAGUUAAUAGCAGCCACAGGAUCAACAGAAAGGAGAUUUGGAUCAUGGAUCGGUGGAUCCAUUUUGGCUUCCCUUGGUUCCUUCCAACAAAUGUGGAUAAGUAAACAAGAAUACGAUGAAUCCGGGAAGUCUCAGGUGGAUCGCAAAUGCCCUUGAGGUAAAAAUCAAAGUGCUGUGAUACUUUGAGGACUAUUAAGCAGUUAAACUGCAGUUUUAUUGAACUGUGUGCAGAUUGACUGCAGUUUUAAUAAAUGUUUUUGUAAUUACGUAUGUGCAUAAGGUGUCCAAGGUACUUGGUGAGAAUGGCAUUCCACAAAAUUUUGAGAAGAAAACCUCAUUAAUUGUAAGUAUGUACCUGUAGUUAUAAGCUCUUUUGAUGUAGGCAAAUCAUACUGGUUUUUCUAUUAUUGAAGUCUUAUAUUGCAACUGUAGGUUCUAUACUGUAUAUUGUGAGGUGGACAAGGUGAUUUUAUUACGAACUGUCAAGACUUGGAAUUCUGUAUAAUAAAUGUGUACCUGAA